UGGUGAAGAAGAAAGAGCAAACAGCCAGUCGCGUUCGUUCUCCAACUCGCGUUUUCGUUGGCUCUUUCAACUCAAACGAAACACCGGUCAGCCAACAAAAAAACGAGAAAGGUUAGAAGAGCUUUUGAGUCAAACUUAUGGAAUCAGUGGAGGACCAAGCGAGGACCGAAACCGAAGGGUUGAGUUCUCAAACCGGUCAAGAAGCGACUACACAGUCAAAUUUCCCGCAAAAUGUCCCUCACUAUACACAAGCGGCAGCUACAGUUCCCAACGGUAACGAAGUAGUAGGAAUAGCUACAGUUGGUCAAACUAUCGAAACUCCGCAAGACCAAGGCGAAGGAAUGAGCGAAGAUGUAACCCAAACUGGACUUGGAAUCCCGAAUGUUUCUGGGGUGCAAGUUGCUGUUGCUGUGUCUUCAGCUGAUGGCGUUAGUGUAGUUGCUGGGAGCCUAGCUAAUGCUGGGGCUGCUGUCGAAAGAACAGAAGAUGGAGGUGGAAAUAUGGUGACUUCUUUACAGCCAGAUUAUAGUCUAGGAAGUCAUUUAGGAGCUCAGAAUUAUGUGAUGCAAGGGAGUCCUACAGAUGAGGGACAAGACCUUGAUGAUGGUGAAGAAAGAGAAUCAAGAGACGAUGUCCUAAGAGAACAGGACCGAUUUCUUCCCAUAGCAAAUGUUGCUAGAAUAAUGAAAAAAGCAAUUCCUGAAACAGGAAAGAUAGCUAAAGAUGCUAAAGAAUGUGUUCAAGAAUGUGUGUCAGAGUUUAUUAGUUUCAUAACUAGCGAAGCAAGUGAAAGAUGUCACCAAGAAAAGAGGAAAACUAUAAAUGGAGAAGAUAUUCUGUUUGCCAUGCAAACUUUAGGAUUUGAUAACUAUGUUGAACCCCUUAAGUUGUACCUGCAAAAGUAUAGAGAGUCUAUAAAAGGAGAGAAAUCUUCUAUGCCUAAUACAGGAGAAGGUAGAGAAGACAUGGAAGAUGGGGAUCAUGAUUUACAAUCCACCUUUCAAGUUUCCCAUAUUCAUGCUUCUAUGAUACCUGCAGAUCAAACACCAACAACAAUCUAUACCCAAGCCUACCAGCCUACAAUGCAGCAACCUAUGCCAUUCCAGUAACAAGAUUCAAAUAUUGAGGCCAGCAUUUAUUCUGUAUAUAAUUUUUAAGUGUGCUAAAGCAAUCUUUUAUACAUAUAUUGUAUAUUCUCAAGCAUAAAACAGGCAUGGCCAGUCGUAAUCAACUGACAAGGCUUGGGUUGCCUGUGGAACGGAGGCACUCUAGAAUUGGAGAAGAUUAAUUUAUUCUCCCAUUCACUGCUCUCUGAAAAAAGAACUCAAACAGAGAAAAAGAAAGAGAGAGAGAGAGAGAGAGCUAUUCACUCGCAUUAUGCAUAUCGUCAUCUACAAAAUCAAGUAGAGGAUUGAAGUGAGCUUAGUAAGAGUUAUCUGGUUAGUCAAAAAGUGAAAUUAAUCCUUGUUUUGUCAAUUGCCCUAUUUCACUAUGACGUCACAUCAAAAUAAUUGUUUAAACGCAAAGGAUCAUGGUCGUCGGAGGGGGUCAAAUCAACGCAAAUUCACCGAAAAUUGUUCUAAAACCCGUAUCAAUCUACGAAGAGAAGUAGAAUAGCCAGCAAACUCUCAGAAAAAAUUUUAGUACUUAUUAACACAUAUUAUAUCUGAAAACCAGGCCAUUUUAGAUUAAACUGUUUCGCUAGGAGCAAAUUUUGUUGAAUUUUCUAUUGGAUUUGGCGAUUCUAUCCCCCACAUAAACAAGCAGUGACGUCAUAGUGAAAUAGGACAAUUUACAUACUCAUUUCCCAGGAUCAACUUGAACAGUAGCAGUAGUAGUUAUUCAUAUAAUAGUACAAUAUAUAUGUACACGAAAAGUAGCUCCUGACGAUAAUCCACUGAUAUAUAUACACUACACUAAUUAUUAUCAACUAUUUUGGCUUUGCAGUCAUUCAUUCCCUGCAAUGCUAUGAAACUCGGUAUUUAAAACUAUUGAAGUUUAUAUUUCAAUACUCGAGUCUGGAUACUUAGCUAUAGGACGUAGUCCUUGAUUCUAUCUUUACUGGAAAUCCUGUCAUUUAUCUGUCUAUUAUAUCUGCUUGUAAAGGGUGUAGUUGGUGAUAGAGUUAAUGGGCCAUUUAAUUCUUGCUCACGUAUUUUUAUUUCAGCAUGUAUUUAUUAUGUCCUUCCCCACAUUAUUUUGAAUCCAGCCAAGCAAACCUCACGCACUUCUCAAAGCUUCGUUGCUAAAAUCCAUUUCCUUACAAAAUGGUAUUAUUACAAUAGAGGUUUUGCAAUAGAAUCCCUUUAUAUAUACUUUCAAAAAUUGAAUUCUUUCUCGUGUAAAACGAUUCAGCGUUCCUGGCAUCCAACAUGGUUACUCUCACGUGAUGGUACUAAACCUUUAUUCGUUGAUUCUGUUCCCUUAACAUCUCCUUGAUUGCAUGUAAUACCUUUGAAUAAUAUUCUAAUAAUAUCGGGACAUCUUCGACAUAAAAAGUAUGUGCAUAUAAAUUAUUAGCUAUUAUUAGAAAGCCCAGCAUGUAUUUACAAGUAUCAAUAUUAUAUAAUUUGUAAAAGAAGAGUAUACACCCUAGCGAAGGAGUGAUCAUUACUUAACGAGUGUCAGAUGUACAUCAUCAAAAAUAUUUUAAAGCCGCAUUAAACUUUCCAUUAAGCUCGGGAUACUGUUGUAGUCCGGCUGUUAACGUCAAAAA